CGCACACUUUUGGGUAUUCUAAUAUGCUAUUGAUUGAUAAUAAAUUAAAUUAAAUUUUUAAAUGUUAUCGAUACAAUAAUGUUCAAGAUAAUCGAUGUAUAGGGAGCCUAAUUGUAGUUAACUAGUUGCUGUCAAGUUUACUUCUGUACACGUCACUAUUAAUGAUGUAGCAUUAUUUUCAUCAUGUUUUAUUAACAAGCAAUUCUUAAAUAAAUCUUUAAUCCUCCAGGUUGGAUGCUAUCGUUUCAUGGAAUGUUAAUAAAGUGGCAGUAUCAAUCCUCAACGGUUACCUACUGACAGGUUUCCUCAAUUUGAUUCAAGUAAACAGUAGUUUAUGCUGUUUCUGAAAUGUUUGAAAUAUCUGAUACACAAAAAAUAGGUGUAGGCCUAGCAGCCUUUGGAAUUUGUUUCCUUUUCUUGGGUGUGCUGCUAUUAUUUGAUAAGGGUUUACUUGCAAUAGGAAAUAUUCUGUUCAUCUGUGGUCUUGCAUGUGUAAUAGGCCUGGAAAGAACUUUCAGAUUCUUCUUUCAAAGACAUAAAUUUAAGGCGACUAUGGCAUUUCUUGGGGGUAUAGGAGUUGUACUACUUGGAUGGCCAGUGACUGGAAUGAUAAUAGAGACCUAUGGAUUUGUUCUACUGUUUAGUGGAUUUUUCCCAGUGGCUGUUGAUUUUUUAAGAAGGAUACCAAUCCUUGGUACUAUACUAAGACUACCAGGAAUCAGAGGUGUUCUGGAUUGGAUUACUGGAGAUUCAAAACGGGUCACAGUGUGACAUUAGGUUUAGAGCUGAAAGCAUUUCUCAUUGAUGACAAGUUGAAGAACAAUUUGUCUUUGUAAAGAACUGUACCAAGUAUGACUACAGGUCUUGGUUCAAAUUACGGAAACAUUAUUACUGGUUAAACUACAAGAAUGAAAAACUGGUGAAUAAAAAAAAAAACUGGAGAAAAAAGCUUUGUAUGAAUGUCAUUCAUAUUGAAUGAAAGUACUUAGUUAUGAAACUUCCCAAUCAAUGUUAUUAUAAGUGGACCUGAAUUAGAUUAAUUAAAUUGAUGCUUGUAAAUAUAUAGUCAUUUUCAAAUGUUUUGUAAAUUAACUGUUAUUGGUUAUUUAUAAUUUAUCUGUUAAUAAUCAUUGUCUUAUUCUGUUA